AGAACAAUCGCAUAAAUGUCAUUUAAAGUUUAUGCUAGUUAGACAUUUUCUCUUGGUGUUAUGUCUCGUUUGUGAAAUGAAGCUGGACCUUGCUCAACUCAAGUUAGUUACUUACUAACUGCUGCUGCAUAGCAAGUUAGCUAAUAGUUGUUAACGUUUAACAAGUAGCAACGCCUCUUCUCCAUUAGGGAAUAUGUCAGCAGUUCAGGGCCAAGCGGUUGAUCUACAACAAGUUCAGCAAUUGUGGUCUAUGCUGGAUGAGAUGUCCAAUAAUGAUCCCGAAAGCUACCGGAAAUUCAUGGAACAUCUUAAGGAGGACGCCGAGUUAUACUCCCCACCUCAGCCACACGCUUGCUUACGCACGUUUAUACAGGAGCCAAACGGGGGGCUUCUCUACAUCAACCUGUGCGGCUGGAAACGAAUCCCUGCACCCAAGGGCCACUCCGAUCCAGUUCCUGUGGUUGGAGGGAGACUCGAGACAUGUUCUGAUGACAAAGAGACCUACAGCGUGGCGGAUGUUGCCUUUAACCCCAGCUUCCUGCAGGGGGCGGAAGAGAGCACAGAGGAUAAGCUCCACCUCCUGGCCCUCAGCUUCACCCAGCAUCAGCACGGCCUGCGCCUGUCCCAGGACUACACCCUGCUCAGCAGCAGGCUGAAAGGCACUGUCCAAAGCCUGAGACACCGCCUGGCACCUACACACCAGGAAGCCCCCUCUGCUCCUGCCCCCAAGUCCCCUUCAGGCCUCUCGCUCCUACAGCAGAUCUCCACUGUCCGGGGGGAGCGGGCUGAAAGUGUGGACAGCCCUCCCAUCCUGCUGACCCCAGAGACCCAGGCGGGCCCAGCCAAACCGGCUCUCAUCCAGGUCCUCUCCAGCACAGACUCCGCCCAGCCGCGACGGCCCAGGCACCAGCUCAGCACCGCCACAGAUACUGGCGGGACCGGCAGGACCCUGCGGCUGACCGUGGAACUGCCCGACGUCUGCUCCAUGUCAGAGUGCCAGCUCAGUGUAUCCCAGGAUGAUGUGGUGCUGGAGGUCGGGGACACAUACCACCUGCACCUACAGCUACCAGAGGCAGUGAUGGAGGAGGAGACCAGCGCUGUUUUUAACAGGAGAAAACGCACACUGUCUGUCACCAUGCCGGUGCUGUAGACAUGACUGCCCUGCAAACCACAGUGCCAUUGGGACAAUUCGUGAAAUAGGAAUGUUCCAGAGAACAGUUGUGUGCAUGCACUCCCUGCUCUUGCCUUGCUGAUUAAAGUAUUCGUCCGUCUUCUCUUGUUUGCACAACAUUUUGA